AAGAACUUAUUAAUAAAUUGAUGUAGUUAUUGUACCAAUUUUGUACUUAAAAGUUGUGCGACACAAAAACUCAAGUAGUAUAACUUGAGUAAUAUAAGAAACAAGUUACUAACUGCGUCUUCAGUAAACAAUUAGCUACAGCUAGUUGUGUACAUUAUGCAUCAUGUUAUGGAUUCCGAUAGUGAAGAUGAGUUGCCACCAGGAUGGGAAGAGAAAUCAACUGAAGAUGGAAAUGUUUAUUUUGUAAAUACAUACAAUACCAAAAUACAAUGGACACAUCCUCGAACUGGAAGAAAAAAAGUGAUUUCUAAAGAUCUACCCUUUGGUUGGUCCAAAACUGUUGAUGAAAAUGGCAAAACAUUGUAUGUACAAGUUGAAACUGGAAACAAGACCUAUGUAGACCCAAGAUUAGCUUUUGCCAAAGAAGAAAAGAAAUAUACAAAUGAUUUUCGGCAAAGAUUUGAUGGUUCUUCAACAGCUUUUCAGGUAUUACAUGGAAUAGACUUGUCAGGGAAAUAUGCAUUAAUAACUGGUUGCAACAGUGGUAUUGGUUACGAAACAGCAAAAUCCCUAGCUAGACAUGGCUGCAAUAUAUUAUUUGCCAAUAGAAAUAUAGAUGCAACACAAAAAGCAAUCAAACAAAUUGUUGAAGAAACCAAUGCUUCCGAGGACAAUUUAAAAGCAAUAGAGAUAGAUCUAGCUUCACUGCAAAGUGUUAAGAAGUGUGCCUCCUCUGUGAAAGCUAUAUUUUCAGAUCAUUUGGAUAUGUUGAUAUUAAAUGCUGGUAUUUUUGGUGAUGCGUAUGAAGAAACUGUUGAUAAAAUAGACAAAACUCUGCAAGUAAACCAUUUGAGUCAUCUGUACUUAGCUUUAUUACUUGAGCCCUUACUGAAGCGCGGAUCGAGAGUAAUUUUUGUAUCAUCAGAAUCUCACAGGAUGGCAAAAUUAAAAAAUGUGUUUGUAAACCAGGAUCUCUCAUGUCCAAAGGAUUGGUUUAGUUCAAUGUUGGCAUAUAAUAAUUCCAAAUUAUACAAUGUUAUAACUGCUAAAAUAUUAAGUGAAGAAUGGAAAAAUAAAGGAAUAUGUGUGAACUCCCUUCACCCUGGGAACAUGGUGUACACUAAUAUAUCCAAAAGCUGGUGGUUGUAUGGUGUUCUGUUUUAUUUAGUUCGUCCAUUCACAAAAUCUUUGCAACAAGCCGCUGCCACCACAGUAUAUGUAGCUACUGCUUCUGAAUUGGAUGGCGUUACAGGCCUGUACUUCAACAACUGCUUCUACUGCGAAGAGUCCGCUCUAGCCCGCGAUAAAGAAAUUUCAAACGAAGUAUUCUCUUUAUCUCUACAAAUGAUAAAGGCUCGUAUGGGAUCUGAUGACAUAAAAAAAUAUUUGGAUAAAUUUUGUACUAAAUCGUAAAAUGUAUCAAUAUAUAAUAUGGUGGGAGGGGAAUAUAUUUUAUUUUUGUAUAUGCUGGUGUUCUUAGUUCAAUAAAACGGAUUGAAAUUGUGUCAACAUUAUUAUUAACACAACAUAUUUGAAUAACACAAUAUUUAGUGACCACACUCGCUACAGUGUUUGAAAGUGGAAUCUUGUAAUUCCUAAAUGUACACCAUAAGGUGUGUGUAUAGUGUUAUAGAAAAAUAAAAUGUUUGUGUCGCGGUUUACAACGUGUAGAUCUCUUAUCUUGCUU